AUGCAAGACACAGAUUUAAGUAGUUUAAUUUCUUUGCUAGGAACAUCAACAUAUCUGAGUAUAUUCCUAAAUUGUCUGUCUUCAAAUCUCCAAACAUUUGUCUUCCAGCCAAGUGGAAGCAAAGAGUUUAUCAAAUUGGUCCCCAGCUUCCAGCUAAAGUGGAACUUCCUUCUUGCCACAGUGAGCAAAGCCAUGACCCUCUGCCACAGGGGAGAGUUUGGCUCCUGGCAUCUGUUUCACUUGCUGCUUUUGGAAUGUGUGAUUCAUAUAUUCCAGUCCUGCCUGAAGGAGGAGGACAUGGGAAAUCUCAACAAAAGGCUCUCAGAUGACCAGUUUCUCACCCAGUCAGACCAGACACUUUUCCACCCUCUAGAUUCUUCACCACCUCAGGAGUAUGAAAGCUUGGCCAUGGAGCCACUGCCCCUGGUGCUGAAACACAAGAGCCAGGGCUGGUGUCCUGUGGGUCUGAGCAGCGUGGCCCUCACAGUGCUGGGCUUCUUCGUGGACACUGCCACAGGUAAUAAAGUAUAA